UGUUUAAUUUUGUUUGUUUAUGUUUAUGUUUGUUUACAUACAUAUAUGAGGGACAUACAUAAAGGCGGCCGUGGCUAUAAUGCUUAAGAAAGAAGAGAAUGAGAUAAGAAAAAGAAACGAGAAAGUAGGAGAUCAAGAAAAAUCGUGUGAGUUAACUUACUAACUUAAACUUAGGCUACUCACUCACAGUUGAGUUAACUCGUAUCUUUGCAGGUUUUGUUUUGGGCCAGUGAAUUUGGCGAACGGAAAUAUAAUAAGAUCUGAUCCUGAUUCCUGAUCUGAGGAAGAGGAACCGUUCGACUGUUCAGAGGGACUCAAACAUUCAACUAGGCCCAUUAAUUUACCUGAGCAUUCAGCUUAUCUUUGUUUCCCUACAUACCACUUCUAAUGAAAGAAAACCACAGUAAAACAGCUUAAAUCAAUGAUGCCUACCAUUAAAGAACCAAUCCAGGUGUAUUGCCGUUUGAGACCGCUGAAUGACAAUGAGGUACCUUGCCUUAAAGUUGUGUCUCCGUGUACAGUUCAGAUGUCACCGCCUGAAAAUGCUGUAAACUAUCAAAAUGGUUAUGUCAAAGAAACACAGUACACUUUUAGCUACGUUUUUGAUAGUGAUGCCCCUCAAAAGACAGUUUUCAACAAUGUUGCUCUUCCUUUGGUUGAUGGAGUCUUACAUGGUAAAAAUGGACUGUUGUUCACUUAUGGAAUCACCGGCAGUGGUAAAACAUUCACUAUGACUGGAACACCAAGAGAAUCAGGUAUCAUGCCCAGAGCAUUGGAUGCAAUUUUCAACAGCAUUGGCCAUCUACAAGCCAAGAAGUAUGUGUUCAAACCUGACAGACUCAACGGUUUUGAGGUCCAAAGUGAUGAGGACGCAAAAAUGGAUGGCAUCAAUGAAAUCCAUUCACAAGUGUUGUCAUCUAAAACUCCAAGGAAAUUUAAUAGACAGGAGAGUGAGUGGGCCAAUAGGAUUGCAGAGGAGGUUAAAAUAGAAGAUGUUCAUGAAGACAACAUGUACGCUGUGUUUGUAACUUACAUCGAGAUCUACAACAAUUCUGUAUUUGAUCUUUUGGAUGAUAACUUUGAAGAAUUCUCUAGGGGCAGAGGUCCACAGAGCAAAUUGGUCCGGGAAGACGGAGCCAAAAACAUGUAUGUCCACGGGGUUACAGAGGUGGAGGUGAAGAGCACAGAUGAAGCUUUUGAGGUGUUCAACAAGGGCCUGCGGCGGCGGCGAAUGGCACACAAUACGCUGAAUGCCGAGUCUAGCCGCAGUCACUCGGUGUUCACUGUGCGGGUGGUCCAGGCGCCGCUGGACGCGUGUGGGGAGACUGUGAUGCAGGACAAGCGUAGGAUCAAUGUCAGUCAGCUGUCUUUUGUGGACCUGGCUGGCAGUGAGCGCAUGAACCGAACCAACACCACAGGGCAGCGGCUCAGGGAGGCUGGAAACAUUAACAACUCAUUGAUGACUCUACGCACUUGCCUGGAGAUAUUACGAGAGAACCAAGCCAAUGGCACAAACAAGCUGGUACCAUACAGAGACUCCAAGCUGACUCAUCUGUUCAAGAACUUCUUUGACGGAGAGUGCAUCGUACGUGUCAUCGUGUGUGUCAACCCUAGAUCAGACGACUAUGACGAGAACAUUCACGUGAUGAAGUUCUCUGAGAUGAGCCAGGAAGUGCAAGUGGUCAAGCCGACACCUCUGCGGAAUAUUGACAACUUGCCAGCUGGCCGACGAAGGGCAAACCAGAUUUUCAAACGUGCAAUGGCUAAUCUAAAUGAAGCCAACAACGAGAACAUUCCUAUUGAUGUGGGUGUGAAUGCUGUCUACAGCCUAGCCUCCCAGUUCCCUGACCUCUGCCUGGUGGGGCCCGAGGACGACCGACUGUUAAAGAACCUGAUGACAUUCCUGGAAGUUGAAAUAGCAAGAAAGAAAAAGAUGGACGUCGAACUUGAAACCAAAGUAAUGGAUUUCCGUGACGUGCUGAUGAAGAGUGAGGAAGAGUUAUUGAUACUUACUCAUAAAAGCAGUUUACUCUCCUCCGAAGUUGGAACUUACAAAGAAAAGGUUGCCAAUCUGGAAUCACAACUUGUCAAGAAGGAAGUGGAACUUGCCUCACUGAAGAAGCAAAACUCUGGUUAUGAGAGGGUCAUCAAGAGAUUGCAAGAGGAUCUUCACGAGAAAGACGCAGCUCUUAACAAAAGACUUCAGGACAGGGAGAGGGAAAAACAGAGGUAUCAGUCCAAGAUUGCACAGACUGCUGAGAAACUCAACCAGCAAAUGGACAAGAAACUGACUGAUCACAAGAGGAAGAUAGAGAUGGAGAUGAAGAGCAAAGAUCGCAAGUUGCAGCAGGUGAAGCGUAUCUUGUCAGACGAGUCUUUGAACACUCCCACUCCUCGGUCACUGGACACUCCCAGUGCAUACAAUAUACGAACACCCUCAACUGACUGUAUCACUACCCCUUCCAGUGUCACGGUCCGCAAACGGGCUGCUAUGUACAACACUCCAGCUCCUGCGACUCACACCAGAACACCAGCAGUCAGCAACCCACGCUUCCGCAGGUCCAGGUCAGUAGGAGAGGAGAGGUGGCUGGAACACAGACCUCGUGCUCCUGUACCUCUCAACACUGUACUGCAACCUCGUCUGCCUCGCCGCAAGAGUAUUACACGUCUGACUGACCCAAGUGAUCUCAACAACAAGGAGAAGUAUUGUCUGAUGACACAGGAGCAGGACAGUGACGGGGAUCUCGAGACCUGCCUUUAUAAGGGUGACGUUGUCCCCACUUGCAGUGGCGGCACUCAGGUGAUUUUGAACGAUGUCGAAAUUUUAAAACAAAAGUCGCCCUCCAACUCUCCUACUCGCAAACGUAGUGGCAACUAUGUUGAGGAGAACAUGCAGGACAAGUGUUUUAUAUCCAUCGAAGGCCACGCCAAGCGGUCCAAACACUAGGCUCUCACCAAGUGAUAAGUCUCGUUCUUACAAUGUAUCAGGUUUAUACUCCUUCCAAUCUCAUUAUGAAAUUUAAUAAUUUGUUGUAUUAGUCCUUUGAAUUAUAUAUUAACACAACAAAGGCCUAAUCAAACUGGUUAAGGGCAAGUACAACUUGUAACAGUAUUUUUACUAUUAGUAUUAACAUUCGCUUUUUACUUAGGAUUCACUGUUUUGUUAUAUAUAGAUUGCUCUCUAAUUGUGAAAUGUAAUGAUUCUGUGAUUUAAUUAUAUGACAUUGUUUUUGCUAUAUGGAACAAAUUUGAAAUAUUUUUUUUUUUAGAGUGUAACUUAGUUUAGUAAUAAAUUAAGAGUAAACUAAAGAUCUAUCUAGUGACGUUUCUAGUGUAACUAAAGUGUACAUGGUUUUAUAAUUCAUAGUUACCCUACAAAUACGGGGACAAUACAUUUUUAAAUGACAAAAGUAACUCAAAAGU